UUAAACUCUUCAGACCUCUCCAUCUUCUCUGCCACCCUACCGCCACACACAUUGCAUUCACCUCUUCCUUUGAUUGCUCCGUUGCAGUCUGUUGGCUCUGGGACUCGAUGUCGGUAAGAACAGUGAAAGUGUGCAAUGUUUCCUUAAGUGCUUCUCAAGAAGAUAUCAUGGAGUUUUUUUCAUUUUCUGGAGAAAUUGAAUAUGUUGAAAUGCAAAGUGCCAAUGAACGGUCUGAAACUGCUUAUGUUACAUUCAAGGAUCCCCAGGGUGCAGAGACUGCAGUGCUUCUUUCAGGAUCUACUAUUGUUGAUCAGUCGGUCACCGUAGAUUUGGACCCUGAAUACAAGCUACCACCUAAUGCUUUAUUAGGAGCUACCGCAACUGAAAAUCAAACUGUAGGUGCAGCUGAUUCUGCUAUCCUAACGGCAGAAGAUGUUGUGAGCAGCAUGUUAGCCAAGGGCUUUAUCUUGGGCAAGGACGCACUUAACAAAGCCAAGGAUUUCGAUGAGAAGCACCAGUUUACUUCCACUGCAUCAGCCACGGUUUCUUCGUUCGACCAAAGGAUAGGCUUUACUGAAAAAGUCGGAGUUGGAGCCACAAUUGUGAAUGACAAAGUGAAGGAAAUGGACCAAAAGCUUCAGGUUUCUGAGAAGACCAAGUCUGCCUUUGCAGUUGCUGAGCAGACUGUUAGCACUGCGGGAUCUUCCAUUAUGAGGAACAGAUAUAUUCUUACCGGGGCAACUUGGGUUACUGGCGCCUAUAGUAGGGUUACGAAAGCUGCUGAGGAAGUGGGACAGAAGACAAAGGCGAAGAUGGUUGAAGAAGAACAGGGAAGAAAUGCGGAUGCAUCAGAAGGUAAUGCUCAAAUAAAUACCUCAGAAUCCUCGAAAGCUCCUACCACUCCAGGAAAGUCCUAGUCUGUUCAAGGCUUGAUCCUUUAAAAUUUCUUCAACUUGACUUAAAUCCUUAUUAAUCAGAGUAUGGAUCUAUCGGAUCAAUAUGCCAUAGAAAAUGCGUUUUACUAUGGAACAGGAUGAACAGUUUUUCUUUUUUGGCUGCAGAGAGUUUCUUCCAGCUGAGGUGCUUUUCUGAACUUUUACUCUUUUAAGGCUUAUAUAAUCAUUGGAGCAAUCUUAGGUUAGAUGAUUUGCCCUUCACAUUGCCCUUAGUUUAGCUGCGAAUUGUGAUAAUUUACAUUGUGCACCAAAAUUGUUAAUAAUGUUUAUUUUCAUUUCAAAGUGUGAAAUUGUU